AUGGCUACAUCACAACGGCAACAACGUAGAUCUGAUACAAAACAAUCGUCAACCAAAGCUGAGAAAGCAAAAUCGAAUAGUAAUUCAAAUAUUUUAAUAUUAGAAAUUGAUGAUGGGAAUAUGUCAUCAUCCGUUUUUGAUAGUCCUUGUUCAAGUGAGACGUCUGAUAAACAUGAUGUUGUUAUAAUUGUUAAUGAUGAUAGUGAUAUAGAAAUUGAAGAAGAAUUAAAUAUUACAACUUUAAAUGGUAAUUUUAUGAUAAAAAAUUUAAUUGGAAAACUUGCAAUAAAUACUGAAUUAAUCGUUAUUAAACCAAAUUUACCUAUUCGAAAAUGUCGAACAGCUGUGGAUUACCCAAAACUUCAAGAUAUUCAUAUUAUUACAGUUCACAAUCCUCAAAUGUUAACACCGGAAUAUAUCACAAAAAGACAACUCUAUCUUAUUGAAACGUAUUCAUCAUUAGAUCUACCUAUUCGAACACGUAUAUUUCAUCAUGCAACAUCUUUACUUGGUUUUAUACUUGAAACACCUUGUGCAAGAAAAAAUAAUAAUCGUUAUCUUGUUUUAUAUGAUAAUUUUACAGCGUAUUAUCAUACACACUCAGAACUUCAUCUCUGUUUAUGUCAAGACUAUCGAAGACAUCUGUCAAAUAUUGAUUAUAAAGAAUUACAAUUACAUUAUCAAAAUGCAUUUGAAAAUAUUAAUAAAUCUACAUCAUCAAUUUAUAAAUUAAACAGUAUAAUACGUGUACGAAAAUUUGGUUCACAAUAUCAUAAUGCUCGUAUUAUUGAUAUUGAUUGUUUACUUAUAAAAAUUUGUUUUUUUGAACGUAAAUCAAAUCCAGAAAUAUGGAUUCAUGCAAAAUCAUCAAUUAUUGAUCAGUCACAACCAGUAUUACAACAAGAACAAGAACAAGAACAAGAACAGCCAUCUAUAUUCUCCAUUCUUUCAAUACCUGAAACUCCACCAGAAGAGAUUGUUCCUACCUAUUCGGAUUUAUCACGAUUACGAAAACGAAAAAAUGAUGAUUUUGAUAUAAAUAAUGGUAAUAAAAAACUUCAUGAUCGAUCUAAUACGAGACUAGCAGCAUCAUCAUCAUCAUCAAUACAACAACAGCAGACAUCAUUAUCAUCGAAUGAAAAGAAUUCAUCCAAAUCACGUAAUAAAAUGGUAACAACUUAUUAUACAAAUAUUCUCUUACCAAAAUUUCGAGUUCUAAAUGCUUUACCUUCGACAAUGCAUACAUGUUGUCAACAAUGUGUUCUAUCAGCUGAAGAAAAAUUUUCAUCUAAUAAAAUACAAACAAAUCCAUUUCUACUUCCAUUCGAAUGUCAUUGGUCUAUUGUUGAAAGUAAACCACGUGGUUAUCGUACACCAUGUCGACGUACACUUUAUUCUCUUGAUGAAAUUGAACAAUAUCUUUAUCGAACACAAUCAAAAUUAUCGAUAAAAUAUUUUGUUGAUGGUGUUCUAACACGUUUUCAACCUCCAAUAGAUAAUCAUAAUGAAAAAUAUAUUCAACUUAACGAUCUUUCACAAGGACAAGAAAAUGUUCAAAUAUCCGUAUACAAUGAUAUUGACAAUGAAAAAUUGGAUAAAUUUAUUUACAUAACAAAAAUUCGACCAAUUGAUAAUCGUAUAUCGGCUGCAUUUAAUGAUACAAACAUGACAUCAUGUUGUGAUUGUACUGACAAUUGCAAUGAUCGAAUGAAAUGUGCUUGUUUUCUUAAAACAUUAACUCAAGCUCAAAUAAAUCAAGAUCCAUUAGUUCUAGAAAAAGAAAAAGGUCGUUAUACACAAUCGAAUUUAUUAAAAACAACAUCGUAUCAACGAAAACGUUUACUUAAUCCAAUAUCAAGUGGUAUUUAUGAAUGUAAUUCAAAAUGUUCAUGUCAUCGUGAACAUUGUUCAAAUCGUCUUGUACAACAAGGUUUAUUUGUACAUAUACAAUUAUUUAAAGAUAAAUCAAAAGGUUGGGGUUUACGUACAUUACAUGAUUUACCACGUGGUACAUUUGUUUGUCAAUAUAUUGGAGAAUUAUUAACAUCAGAUCAAGGACAUGAACGUGCACAAAUUAUGGAUGAUAAAUAUCAAACAAGUCUUGAUUUAGUUAAAUUAGUUCGAUAUGAAAUUACUGAUGAAGAUAAUAUUGAUGAUAGUGAUGAUGAUGAUGGUGAACCAUAUGUGAUUGAUGGAAGUUUAUAUAGUAAUGUAGGAAAAUAUUUCAAUCAUUCAUGUGAUCCAAAUAUGUUUAUUCAAAAUGUAUUUAUUGAAUCACAUGAUUUACAUUUUCCAAAUCUUGCAUUAUUUACUCGAACACAUAUUAAAGCUGGUCAAGAACUUACUUGGCAUUAUAAUUGUGAACUAUUACCCGAUCGUGAAGUAAAAUGUUGUUUAGCCAUACAAGCUAAUGCAUCUUUAUCAUCAUCUCAAACAACAGAUGACUCAUCAACAGUACAACAAUCUGAUACUUCAACAAAUAAAACACAUCUAAUUCAACGUAUGAUAUCAUUAAAACGUUCAACAAAAAAUAAAUCAUUGGUAUACCGCUCUUAUAAUUUACGUGCAUUUGAAAUUGCACAUGAUCAUUAUUCAAUUAUAAUACAUUUUCUUGAUGAUACUGAACGAACAUUUUAUGUGGAUCGUCAAUGUAAAGGAAUCGUUUUAUUAAAUGAAAUUUUCGAUUAUUUGGAUUUAUCAAAUGAAAAAAAAUAUUUUGGUUUACUUAUUGAAGAUUUAACACAAGAUUUUGCAUAUCGAUGGUUAGAUUCAACAAAAACACUUAAAAAACAAUUAACAACAAAUAUAGGAUCAUACCAUUUAUAUUUUAAAGUACGAUUUUUUGUAACUGAUCCAUGGAUACAAAUUGAUGAUGAAUUUACAAAAUAUUUAUAUGUAUUACAAUUGAAAAAAGAAUUGUUAAGUGGAAAAAUAUGGUGUCCAAGAACACUUGCAACUAUUCUAGCUAGCUAUAUUGUGCAAAGUGAACUUGGUGAUUAUGAUAUACAUGAACACCAAACAGGAUAUUUAAAUGAUUUUCGUUUUGUACCAUUUCAAAAUUCAGAUUUUGAAAGUGAAGUUCAACAAUAUCAUAAACAACAUCGAGGUCAAUCACCAGCUGAUGCUGAAAAUAAUUAUCUUCGUGUAGCUAGUUCAUUGGAUAUGUACGGUGUAGAAUUACAUAAAGCAUCUGUUAAAGUAUCGAAUACAAAUGAUAAACUUCAUAAUUCAAAAGUUGAAUUAUAUAUUGGUGUUUGUGCUUCAGGAAUAUCUGUCUUUCAAAAUUCUACCAAAGCUAAUACAUUUCUCUGGGAUCAAAUAACAAAAAUAUCGUUUAAACGUCGAACAUUUUACGUUCAACUUAUUAAAAAUCCUGAUUCAUCCGAUGAUAAUUCCAUUGUAUUUACAUUACGUAAUUAUCGUUGUUGUAAAUACUUAUGGAAGUCAUGUGUUGAUCAUCAUACAUUCUUUCGUUUAACAUCGGUACCAUCAUCAUCAAAAAAAUUCUUUCCAUUUACUAAUAAACUUCGGCAUAGACUUAAUACCGAUAUUGUACCAAAUACAUUAUUAAUGGAAACAAAUGAAAGACGAGAAAAAAAAUUUCAAAGAAUAUCAAGUCGACGAAGCAGUCGUUCAGGAAAUAAUUCAUCAACAUUACCAAUUACAUCUAUGACGAAUAAUUUUUCUAUAAUUAAAAAUUCAAAUUUAUCUCUUUCAUCAUCAAAUCUAUCAAUACCAAAAUUCGAUAAACCAUUAUCACCGCCACCGAAACCUCCUCGACAAUCUUAUAAAUCAUCAUUAACUAAUAGUGCACUUAUUGAAGCUAAUGAAUACAAACCAAAAAAUGCCACAUUACCACGAGAGAAUUUUCAAAAUCUUUUAUCGAAUAGUUCAUCAAUGUCAUGUGUUAAUACGAAUUCUAUUUUAAUAAAAUUAACACCAGAUGUCGAUGGUCGAUAUGGUUUUAACAUAAAAGGUGGUGAAGAUGAACAAACACCAACUGUUGUUUCAAAAGUAGCAUACAAUACACCAGCAAGUCGAGCAUCAAUUCAUGAAGGUGAUAUUAUCUUAGCAAUUAAUAAUAUUGAUAUUCGAAAUCAUACACAUGAAGAAAUUAUUAAUAUGAUUCGAUAUUCUCGUGAAAGACCUUUUGGAGAAUUAGAACUUGUUAUAAAAUCGAAAGAUGAAAAUAAUUCUUUAGAGAAUUCUUUACAAAUACUACGUAAUGAUCUUACAACAAAUCGUUUGACUGAACAAUAUGAAACACUUGAACGUCGAAAAAACGGUUUUACAUUUGAAAUAAGUAGUAAUCAGACAAAUUAUUAUUACAAUCGUUAUAAAGAUGUUUUACCAUAUGACCAAACACGUGUUAUACUUAAAACUAAUACAGAAACUGAUUAUAUCAAUGCGAAUUAUAUUAACAUGCCAAUUAUUUCCACAGAUAUCGUUAAUCGUUAUAUAGCAACACAAGGACCAUUACCAACAACAUGUGAAGCAUUUUGGCAAAUGAUUUGGGAACAAGAAUGUACAUUAAUUAUAAUGUUAACAACAUUAUUUGAAAGUGGUCGAAUAAAAUGUCAUCAAUAUUGGCCAAAUGUUUCCGAAACAAAUGAUUAUGGUUUAUUUACAAUACGAUGUACACGUGAAAGAAAAGAAAAUGAAUUAAUGUAUCGAGAAUUUAUUUUUCUAAAUAAAGAAAUAAAUGAAGAAAGAAUUAUUUAUCAAAUUCAAAAUGAAAUUUGGCCCGAUCAUGGUGUACCAAAUGAUUAUACAUCAUUUGUAGAUUUUGUAUUAGAAAUUCGUGAAUUAAGAAAAGCUAAUAAACAUUUACCAAUUCUAGUUCAUUGCAGUGCUGGAAUUGGUAGAACAGGUGUAUUAAUUUUAAUGGAAACUGCUUUAUGUCUUAUGGAAAAUAAUCAAUCUGUAUUUCCUCUUAAUAUUGUUCGACAAAUGCGUGAACAACGUUUAGGAAUGAUUCAAACAGCUAGUCAAUAUCAAUUUGCGUGUGAAGCCGUUCUUUAUGCAUAUGAUCAUGGAUUAAUAGAAAUUAAUGGCAAUUAA